CAUGGCGGUGUGCAAUUAAUAAAAAAAAUUUUGUUAUAUUUUGUCUGUGCAAAGUAAUUUUUUGUGUUUGUUUCUCUCUGCUCAACAAAACAGUGCAAUAAUAAAGUUAAAUAAAUAUAAAUUGUUAAACAAAAAUAAAAAAGUAUAGUUAAAAUUUUUUUUUGAUUUAACUAUAAGUUUUUUACUGCUUCCAAAUCCUUUACAAAAGAACAAGUGCAUUUUUUUUUCUUUAGUCCAAUAUGACAUGUCACAGAAGAAGUUGAAAAAAAAAACAAAAAAACCCAUUCCAACAGAAAUUACAAAAAAAAUGUAUGUUUUUUGCUUUGUUGCCGCGUUAAUUGAAAAAAGCAAUUUUAUUAAUUUAAUAUCCAAAUGAUAAAGAAGAAAAAAACAUCUCCAUAACCGGGAAAUAUAAAUAAAAAUGAGCUCGUCCCGUGGUGCAUUGUUUCGAGAAAUUCAUAAAAAUAGUUGGCUCAAACGUUUAACAACUGAUGGUAAAAAAAUUACAAUUGGUCCCAAGAAAUCCGAUAGAAGUUGGGUUGUAUUUUGUGUACACGACGAUACAGAAGCUCUUUUAGAAGGCUAUGCAGAACCAAGGCUUGCACCUUCGCAUAAUCCUGAGUGGGUGGUCUCAAUGCAAGAUACGCAACAUAUAUCGCACGCGCUCAUACCAAAUUCACAUGAAUUUGAAUUCGUUGUCACUUUGAGUAAUGAAGUUGUGCGUUUUCACGCAAUGUCAUGGGAAGUUAUGCAGGAAUGGGUUGAAACGUUGCGUUCAAAACUUCGUGAAAUGAAAAUAAUUUCACCACGAGAAAAUCUCUACACAAAACUGCCAGAAGUACGUGCACCAUUGCUGCCAACCAGAGAUCCAACAUCUCCACUACCUGCUACACCUCCAGUUCCAGCAGCUAUUGUACCAGGUGUUGAGCGAGUUGUGCCAUCGAUAUCAUCUUCAUCGACUUCUGUUUCUACCACAACAGCAUCUGUAGUUAUUGCCACCACAUCAUCAUCAUCUUCUAAUGUAGCAGCAGCUCCAUCAACAUCAACUACAACAUCUUUGCAAGACAUUCCAAGAAAUUCCACAACAUCAUCAGCAACUUCUUCCACAUCUACAAUCACAAACACAAGCAAUGUCUCAGUUGUAGUUCCAUCAACAUCGGCAUGUCUAACAUCAAUGUCAAACACUCUAACUCAGAAUUUAUUAAAUAUGCUCUCGGACCCGAUAAGCAAUUACAGUGAGCAACUUAACACGGGCAAUUACAGUGGAGGCACAAGUGCCGAUGAUGACGAAGAAGACUUUUCCGAUUUGAGUGAAGAAUUUGUUAUGUGCUUAGCACGACCCAAACUUAUUCCUCAUACCAAGAUCGCUCAUGCGACUUUGUCACCCAAGAGUAGCUUAAAUGAUUCAUCGAAUCGAAGCAGCUCGAGUGAAUUACAAAAUACAAUAACCGAUGCACUAAGUGUUCGACUAGAUAUCAGUUCUUCAGCAAAUAAAGAAAAUGAUCGAAAAUCAAUGUCACCAGGACGUCAGGUCGUAAGGCCACAAACAUCGCGUUCCCUUUCCAUAUCGGAAACAACACCAGAAAUAACCACAAUCAACAAUAACAUAACCGAAUUUGAUGUUGAAAAAGACCUAGACGAUCAUCCCCCAACUGAUAAAUCUUUGUUAGAGUCUUCCUCGACGAACAUAACAAUAAUUCAAGUAUCAAAUCCGUUGCCAUCUUCCAACAAAGGACCUGAAAUCUUUAAAUUUCCCGACCCGCUUAACAAUCACGAUGAGGAAUACAAAAGCAAUGUGCAAAUUAUUCCGUCCAAUCUUAGUACAAUUCCAAUCCACACUAAAGCUGCAAUUGCUAAUCAAUAUUCAUCGCCUGCAAGAGCAUCCACAACAACUACUGUUGCUGCUACAUCUGUUAAGAAACUAAUCCCUGCACCCUCUUCACAUUUGGAAAAUCAUACAAUAACAACUGUAAGAGUGACAGCAGGAAGUAGCACUAGCACAAGUAAUGCCUAUGGGUCAGUAUGUCCCAGCAGCUCAUCGUCUCAAACUCCAAAAUUGUCAAAGAAAAUCAUAUUGACUACAAAUACUUCUGGGGUUACCAAUAUUGCAGUCAAUAACGAUGUCCAACAGAAGACCGCUCACUAUGAAAAGGUUUUCCUUACCUCAACUGUUCCCAUAUCAACACCGAUUCUAUGUGAAAAUCUAAACGUUAGCCAAUUGGCUGCUUCAAUUAAUUCACCCAAAAUGUCACGAGUCAAGAAUACGGCUAGUCAAUCCGGAAUUCCUCCUCCAUCUGCAACAUCAUCGCCAAUACAUUCAGCUGGACUGAAGAAAAAACCAAUAAUUACUGCUGAAUCAAAUCGGAUGAGUAUCGCAACACAAACUACAUCUUCUACCACUGGCGUGAGCAGUAAUGGUGGUGGACAGCAGCCAUCCACAUCGACUGCCUCUCCGUUGCAUGUUACGAGAAAUCCCAAGUCCAGUCCAGCAAUGCAUAGAAAACGAUUGCUGCAGGAUGGCCGAGAGAAUUGUCCACCUUCGGCUCUGGCAAACCGACCCUUCCUUACACGAGGACUUACCGAAGCUGUGAUAACUGCACGACCUAGUCGUAAAGACAUGAAUAGACCUUCACACCUCAAAGGCAAUCAACUUUCAAAUAAUAAUGGCGAAGCACAUUCAGCAGUCGAACGCACUCGUUCCGAGUCCUUGGAGCAACGCAGACGCAGUUCUUCGACAUCGGAUGCCCCAUCGCCACGGCCACGAACAAAUAAUAAUGAGCCUCGUGCUUCGACACGUAUGCAACAGCCACCGCAACCAUUUCGGUUGGCACACGAGAAUGCUCUUAAUGCUCAAUCUUCAAAACGCAUGACCCUGCGUGAACAACAAGUGCUUCAGUUACGUCGUGAGAUUAUGCACCCGGGUGGGGUGAGAUUGCAAUUAAGACGAAAGGACUGCAUCGGGUCUAUAGCAUGGGUCGAUGCAUUUGGGGCAGUUUGGGUUGCUGGCUGGAAACAAAAAGAGCAUCCGGUGCUAUACAAUGCUCUUCAUAUUGGUGAUCAACUUAUAUCAAUCGCUGGAAUAACAAUUAGUUCAGCAAGUGAAGCAAAUAAAGUGAUUCGUAACACAAAUACUCUUUUUCUGGAAGUUUUAAUACGGCGAGUGCCAUUUGGACGUGGGUAUGCAAUACGUAGGGAACGCGACGGCCAAUGCUUGGGUUUAAUUCGCGAUGGUAACACCUCGACAAUUGUAGAUGUUGUGCCCAAUAGUUUGGCUGCUCGUCAUGGUCUUCCACCGAAGACUCAAUCAUGUGAUGGUACAACUCUAACAUUUUGGGUGCUAACCGAAAUCAACGGCCGACCAUUGAAUUUAUUUUUUAAAGAAAACGAAAUUCGUGACAGACUUAAUUGUAUUGGUCGUGAUAUAUCUAUUCUCGUUCAACCAUCCGAUCUAAUCACAAAACUUAAAAAGCAACUUAAAUCUUUACGUAGUCAUAAGGAUUACAUAGUGCAGUAAAAAAAAAGGAUUUAAAAAUAUCCUAACCAUUUAUGCCUCCCUGCCCGGGUGCGGGUCCGUCCAGGGGACAGAAAAAAUCUUCUCACAAACACACAUGCGCAUGAUGUACAUUAUAUAAACAAAACAAACAAACAAACAAACAUUCCACAAAAAAUGACUUAAUUUUUUUUUUUUUUUUUUUCUCUACACACGACUUAGUAUGCAUUUUACAUACCAUAUUCAUAUUUUACAUACAUAUUAUAUAUUUUUAUAUAACAACAACUCUACUAAUAGUGGCAACUAUAAAAAUUGUAUAAUUAGAAGAAUUGUAUUAUUUUUUUAUAUCAAACUAGUAAAUAUAAAUAUAUUAUACUACAAAAAAUAUAACAAAUAUAAAAAACAAAAUCAUAUACAUAAUCGAAUGAAAUGAAAUGAAAAUUUAUAUUUUGCUACAAGGAAUUGUAUGGAUAUAAAAACAAAAAGAAAAACUUUUGAUACUUAAA